AUGGCCGAAUCCGAACCGGUGAAUACGGAGGAGGCAUUAAGCGAUCCAAAAUGGAUGAGUGCAAUGAAGGAUGAGGUGGAAUCAAUUGAGAAAAACAAUACUUGGAUGUUGGUCGAUUUACCGAAAGGUAAAAAGGCAAUUGGUGUGAAAUGGGUCUUCAAGGUGAAAGCAAAUCUGAAAGGUGAGAUAAUCAAGCAUAAGGCUCGAUUAGUGGCAAAGGGAAUUUUGCAAAAGGAAGGCAUUGAUUUUGAUGAGGUAUUCGCACCAGUUGCAAGGCAUGAAACCAUCCGGUUAGUUGUUGCGAUUGCAAAUACCAACAGCUGGCCGUUAUAUUAA